AUGCAAUCCAGACUACAAAGAUUGACUACCCUAGAGGUCACUGCCGGCCACGAAUUGAGAAGAACCGCCAUCAUCGGUACCAUUGGUCCAAAGACCAACAACGCCGAGGUUCUUGUGAACUUGAGAAAGGCUGGUUUGAACAUCGUCAGAAUGAACUUCUCGCACGGUUCCUACGAGUACCACCAGUCUGUCAUUGACAACGCCAGAAAGUCUGAGGAGUUGUACCCAGGCAGACCAUUGGCCAUCGCCUUGGACACCAAGGGUCCAGAAAUCAGAACCGGUACCACCACCAACGACGUCGACUACCCAAUCCCUCCAAACCACGAGAUGAUCUUCUCCACCGACGAGAAGUACGCCAAGUGCUCCGACGACAAGGUCAUGUUCGUCGACUACGCCAACAUCACCAAGGUCAUCUCCAAGGGCAAGAUCAUCUACGUCGACGACGGUGUGUUGUCCUUCGAGGUUCUAGAGGUCGUUGACGACAAGACUUUGAAGGUCAAGUCCAUGAACGCCGGUAAGAUCUGCUCCCACAAGGGUGUCAACCUGCCAGGUACCGAUGUCGACCUGCCAGCUUUGUCCGAGAAGGACAAGGCCGACUUGAGAUUCGGUGUCAAGAACGGUGUCCACAUGGUCUUCGCCUCCUUCAUCAGAACCGCCCAGGAUGUCUUGACCAUCAGAGAAGUCCUAGGUGAGGACGGUAAGGACAUCAAGAUCAUCGUCAAGAUUGAGAACCAGCAAGGUGUCAACAACUUCGACGAGAUCUUGGCUGUCACUGACGGUGUCAUGGUUGCCAGAGGUGACUUGGGUAUUGAGAUCCCAGCGCCAGAGGUCCUAGCUGUGCAGAAGAAGUUGAUUGCCAAGUCCAACUUGGCCGGUAAGCCAGUUGUCUGUGCCACCCAGAUGUUGGAGUCCAUGACUUUCAACCCAAGACCAACCAGAGCCGAGGUCUCUGAUGUCGGUAACGCCAUCCUGGACGGUGCUGACUGUGUCAUGUUGUCCGGUGAGACCGCCAAGGGUAACUACCCAAUCAACGCUGUCACCACCAUGGCUGACACUGCUUUGAUUGCCGAGCAAGCCAUUGCGUACUUGCCAAACUACGAUGACAUGAGAAACUGUACUCCAAAGCCAACCUCUACCACCGAGACCGUUGCUGCCUCCGCUGUCGCUGCUGUCUUUGAGCAGUCCGCCAAGGCCAUCAUUGUCUUGUCUACCUCCGGUACCACGCCAAGAUUGUUGUCGAAGUACAGACCAAACUGUCCAAUCAUCUUGGUCACCAGAAACCCAAGAGCCGCGAGAUUCUCCCACUUGUACAGAGGUGUCUUCCCAUUCGUCUACGACGGCGAGCACAACUCCGACUGGACCCUAGACGUCGAGAGCAGAAUCCUGUUCGGUAUUGAGCAGGCCAAGGAGAUGGGUAUUUUGAAGAAGGGCGACACUUACGUCUCCGUCCAAGGUUUCAAGGGUGGUGUCGGUCACUCCAACACUCUACAAGUCUCUACUGUCGCCUAA